GGUCCAAUGGUGCGCUGCACAUUUGUUUCAGAUUAGAAUGAGCCUCCAUCACUGGCAGCUGAUUUCCAGCAUCGCAUUCGUCUCAUGAUCGCCGUUUAGAACCGAACCGACCCGAAUACGGAACAAAACACCCAGUGAGACAUGGCACGAGACAAAAAGGACAGAGACAGCUGGGGGUCUUUCGUGGAUAAGAACGUGUAUGACUGGAGCUCAGAGGAGGAAGAGACAGACGGACGGGCACGUCCAGUGCAGGUGCUGGUGGUGAAAGAUGACCACACGUUCGAGCUGGACGAGGCAGCGCUCAGUAAGAUCCUGCUGGCUGAAGAGGUCCGAGACAGAGAGGUGGUGGCCAUCUCUGUGGCAGGAGCCUUCCGCAAGGGCAAAUCCUUCCUCAUGGACUUCAUGCUGCGUUACAUGUACAGCCAGGCCAGUGAUAAGUGGCUAGGGGACCCAGAUAAUCCACUGACAGGAUUCUCAUGGAGAGGAGGCUCAGAGCGGGAGACCACUGGCAUUCAGAUCUGGAGCGAAGUUUUCCUGGUGGACAAACCAGAUGGUAGCAAGGUGGCAGUGCUGCUAAUGGACACACAGGGGACCUUUGACAGCCAGUCCACUCUCCGUGACUCAGCUACUGUAUUUGCCCUCAGUACCAUGAUCAGCUCUAUGCAGGUGUAUAACAUAUCUCAGAACGUUCAGGAAGAUGAUCUUCAGCAUCUGCAGCUUUUCACUGAAUAUGGCAGACUGGCCAUGGAAGAAACAUUCCUCAAACCAUUUCAGUCAAUGAUCUUUCUGGUGCGGGACUGGAGCUUUCCAUAUGAGUUUCCCUAUGGACAGGAAGGAGGGAUGAAAUUUCUGGAGAAAAGAUUAAAGAUCUCAGAGAAUCAACAUGAGGAGCUGCAGAACGUGAGGAAACACAUCCAUUCCUGCUUCACCAACAUCUCCUGUUUCCUCAUGCCACACCCGGGACUCAAGGUGGCCACAAACCCAAACUUUGACGGCAGAUUAAGGGAGAUCGAUCAAGAUUUUAUCAAUAAUCUGCAAGUGCUUGUUCCGUGGUUAUUACUCCCCAAAAACCUGGACGUGAAAGAGAUCAAUGGAAGUCAGAUCACCUGCCGUGGACUUCUGGAGUACUUCAAGGCAUAUAUCAAGAUUUACCAGGGAGAGGAGCUGCCACAUCCAAAAUCCAUGUUACAGGCCACAGCAGAAGCAAAUAAUCUGGCUGCAGUGGCUGCAGCUAAAGAUCUUUACAGCAAGAAGAUGGAGGAGGUGAGUGGAGGAGAUCGGCCUUUCCUCGCACCGAGCGAGCUGCAGGCACGUCACUUGGCCAUCCGUGACGAGGCAUUGACAUUGUUUCGCAGCGUGAAGAAAAUGGGUGGAGAGGAGUUCAGCCGGCGUUACCUGCAGCAGCUGGAAGCGGAGAUCGACGAGCUGUUUGUGCAGUACAUCAAGCACAACGACUCCAAGAACAUCUUCCAUGCAGCACGAACACCCGCAACGCUGUUCGUGGUGAUCUUUGUGAUGUAUGUGGCCGCAGGGAUCACGGGGUUCGUGGGGGUUGACAUCAUCGCAAGCAUCUGCAACAUGGUGCUGGGCUUCGCGCUCAUCACUCUGUGCACCUGGGCGUACAUCCGCUACUCAGGAGAAUACAGAGAACUGGGUGCCGUCAUUGACCAGGUGGCCGGAGCGCUGUGGGAUCAGGGAAGCACAAAUGAGGCUCUGUUUAAUAAGCUGUACAGUGUAGCAGCACACCACAGGCAGUUGUAUAAUCACGCCUUCCCUGGACACCAGACUGCCCAACAGCCCAAGCAGGACAAGAAACAAAACUGACCCCACACAGUACACGCAGACGCACUGUGGACAGUGACACUGGAGUGUACAGUCAGAGAGAGAAAGAGACGUGGGACUGUUCUACGCUUCAUCAGGAACAUAUCGCCACAAUCACCCACCACAGCAACAUCCUGCACCUACAGCUCAGGCCCAUGGUCAGACGGUGUGGAGAAUCAGACUGAAAAGAUUCGGUCUGACCGUGUUGCUUGUGCCUGCGUUAGAAAAUCACAGUAUUAGUUCUGACAGUUCACCAUUUUGCCAUCUUCUCACUGUAAAUACGGUUUCUCUCUCUGACACUCACAUGAAAGCAGCCUGUGCUUAUUUUGUAAUCAAUGUCGUACUGUAUGCUGAGUUCAGUGCUAUUUAUAAGGUAAUAAAAUACUACAUGUUUAAAAACACAAGUUAUGGUCAUUAUCAGGGGCCAGAUGAUGUGUUUCAGAGAUUUUAUCGUCCAUCUCAUCAUGUUUGGGGCAUCACACCUGAAAAUACAGCACAUUUGCUCCCCUCAAUGGUCAUCAUGGUAGAGCUCCUGGGCCGCUAUUUGCAGCCAAGUGAGUACAGCUCCUGUCUGAUUGAGUAUGAAAAGAACAUUUACCAAGUAUGUUUGAAUGAAAAAAAUAAACAAGAAUAUCCGACAUUCAUAGCAUCAUAAAUUUAGUUUCAUUAGCUCUUAUCAGGCUAACAUGCAUUCAGCUAACGCUCUUGAAUGACUAUGGGCUGCCAUAAAGACCAGGGGCUCAUUUAUAAAGACUUCUUUUGAAUCAUAAAGUGAUAUUUGUGGGCAUUCUGUUGAUGGAGUUGAUUAAAUCGAAAUUUAAGGCAAAACCAUUUUGUGCAUAUAUAGAAAAUUUAUAAUCAUGGGAACUUUCUGGAAACUGUUGUACAUUUAUAUUAAGGGUCAUUCUACAAGUUUAUUAAAUGAGGCCCCAGGUCUUUAGAGUCAUACAUAAUUGAUCACAAGCAUAGAUGAACACAUUUUAACCUGAGCUAAACCUUUGUGAAACUACUGAGGAUUGGCUUUUUGAACAGUAGCAAUUUGUUUCCAAAAUGUUGAAUUGAAGAGCAGCUUUCAAUGCUUUUCUUUUCUUACUCGAAAGCUGCAAAAAAUGUUUUGAUUGGCAAGAAAAAGAAAUAUUCAAGGAUUAAAAUAAACAUACUUGUAUAGUAUUCUGUUCUGCUUACAUAUAUUAAGU